GUUGUCGCGGUUGAGCGGUAUGGUACACGCGACGGGCGAGUAUACCUAAUCGCGAACAGAAUAACAUAAUAAUAUAAAAUCGUUGUCGCCGUUUUAUACUACAUAACAUAAAAUAUAAUAAUAAUAUGAUAUGAUAUAAUAUUGUAAUAUCGCUUGAAGACAAACAAUUUAUUGAGACGACCAAAUAUUUCACGAUAUUACCUAUUAGGUAUUAUUGACACAUUGCCGGAACACUUCAGUAGCAACGGUGUUGUUGUUGUUGUUGUUAUUGUCGUAAAUUAUAAUAUUUUGAUCGCCGUCGUCGACUCGGUGGCGGCGCGUGGUGACUAGUGAGAUAACAGCGUACUUAUUGCGCAAUCCCACUCUCGGAGACAAAACGAUUGAACUCGACGUCUCUUCCAUAUUGUUUGAUAUUUGUAUAAGUACCUAUAAAUACGUUCAUUAAUGGCUGCACUACUCGAGCGUGACCGCUUGGACGGUAAUCGCGGCGGCAGUUGUGACCGCGGUGGCGGCUUUUAUCGGCCGUUCGAAUCGAGCCCGUUCAGCGGAGGCGGUGACGACAGCUUUGUCGUAGUUAUUGUUGCUGGUUCUACGGCCGUUGCGUCCACUACGACGAUGGUUCGCAGUGAGACGCGCCUGCAGUGAUCGCGGCCCAAACGUUCUAUGGACAGCGACGACCACCAAUUGCAAAAGCAACACCAGCGGCGGCGGAGGUCGACGACGGCCGUGCUGCUACAACAGCCUGGCGUGAGGUGGCGCGCGGUGCAACCGGCCAGGAGGAGUUGCUCGGCUGUGACCGAAAGGGACGUGAUGAUGGUGACCGCCGGCGCGUGGCAGCCGUCCCGGCAACAUUCAGUCACCGCCAAGAGAUCGUCAAGAGUUUACAGAGAAUUGUGCUCAGCAUGGAACUCACGUGUGGGCUCCCAAAACACGAACGCACCGGCUCACAGAGUUCAAGCACUGUUCAACGACCUAGGAUUAUAUCUGACCUCAGCCCAAGUCGCUGAAAUGAUGCAGUGCGUAAUGAAAUGCGCUAAUAGAAGUUCGCCGGUGUACAUGACAUUUGGUGAAUUUUGCUUGUUGGCUAAGAAACUUAAAAAUGGCCUGGAUAGAGGAAUACCGAGAUCUGUGCAGUUUUCACGGCUGUUAGAAAAAGACCAAGAGAAACACAUCAGGGGCAUAAAAAAAAACUCGAGUAAGCCAAAUCAAAAUAUAAUGACUGGUUGUAAUAAUAUUAAGCUACGUCCGCUGGUGACAACCCUGCACAUACUCUUAUUCCUGAUCCUGUUACCAUUAAUAUCCUCCGUUAAUACAGGAAGUCCUCACAACUACGAUGUGUUCCUGGGCGGCUCCUGUAAUCCAACUACCUGGCGUAAAGACUUAGCCAUACCGUACCUGCAAGAUGCCGGUGUGUCAUUUUACAAUCCGCAAGUAGACCAAUGGAGCCAAGAUCUUGUCGAAAUUGAACACGCGGCCAAGGAGAGCUCGGCGAUACUGUUCUACGUGAUCGACAGUCAGACUAGAAACGUGGUCAGCGACAUAGAGACGGCCAAUUUCGCCGGUAACCACAAAAACCUGGUGCUGGUCAUCCAUCCUCAAGACGCGAUUGCCCGCGGGUCGGUGAUCGCCGGCGAAUCCAUCUCUUACAGCGAAGCGGAGGACAUUCGCGAAGCCCUAACGAUGCUGCACAAAAUCGCUGCCAACCAGGGAACGCCGGUAUUCGAUAACAUACCGGAAGCAUUAAACAAUAUCAUUCAGAUUCUGAAAGACAAAAACCGUCAAAUCAACGAUACCAGUGAAGACGACACUACGUAUCGCAAGAUCCGUGAUGCAUUUAACAAGUUCAACGUCGAUGCGCCGGGAGAGAUUAACAUUUCCCAUGUGACAAGGGCUAUCCGACUAUUGGCCAAUCAGAAUCUGUCCGAAAACGAUGUGCUAAAUCUGACAUCCGAACUCCGUGAUACCAAAGAUGCCGGAAGUAACCACCAAGUUUAUUUUACGUUCAACGAAUUUUACUCUAUUGCUUCUAAAUUUCUACAAUUACCAGACAAAAACAAUCACAGGAGUGGAUUUGACAUCGGAAACUCGUAUCGUUUGAAUGUAGGCAGGCCAUUUUAUUUGUCACAGGAGAGUGUUGAAACAACAAGAUCUUCAAAGACUACCGAUAUUUAUCUAGCUGGAGAAAGCGGUGAUGAUAUUCGGUGGAGAGAAGACAUUGCUAUUCCCAUGAUCAAAAAAUCUAAUUUAACAUAUCACGCAGCAUCCAGAACAGACCUAUCAGUAUUAUUAGAUGCACGUACUAUAUUAUUUGUAAUUCCAAACAAUUCAAGAUCUUUGGCAACCAUGACACAAGCAGCAUAUUGUAUAGCUAAAGGCUACAGAAUGGUGUUGUGUAUACAGAAUCUCAGUAAAGAUAACUGCACAAUUCGCGGUGAAAAACUAACACAAACGGCAAUCAACGAUUAUAACCGUGGACGGAUUUACCUAGCGGAUUUGGCUGCACGAGCACGAGUGCCUGUAUUUGAAUCAAUCAAAGAAGCUGUUGAAAUCACAGUGCAAAAAAGCUUAUAGCAUAAUAUAUUCUAUUCUAUAAAUUAUAAUGCACAUAGAAAAUAAUGACCAUUUAAUUAUUUUGAAUUACAUGAAAACUAACAGAAGUGCACGAGCAAAAUUGUUUUUUUUUUUUUAUACAUAGAAACUAUUUUAACUUUUAAGUACCAAUUUUUUGAAUUUUAUUUUAUUUUUUUUAACUAACAGCUAAGGAAUUAUUUUUAAUUUUAAUUGUAUUGAUAGUAGGUUAAUGCCUGUUUCAUAAUAUAUAUAUAUAUAAAUAAAUUUAAAUACAUAAAACUAUUCA